UGCCUAGUGCUUCGUCCCUCCUGAUUCGUGCGUGGAGCCACGUGCUACGUGUGCAAGAUUCUACGAGCCACGUGCUACGCGUGCAAGAUUCUACGAGCUGCUUGCUUCGAAUUUGUCCAACUCCUCUCUUUCUCUCUCGUGCUAAGCGCUUUGGCGCGACGUCCUUUUUACGAGCUACGUGCUAGUACCAAUUGGUGCAACUCUCUCUCCUCUCUCCUCUCUGCUACGUGCCACGUGAACUUGGUGCUUCGUGCUACUUGCUAGGUGAACUUGGUGUUUGUGUUUCGUGCCACGUGCAACCACCCACGAAUUGGUGCCCCUCUCCCUGUCUCUCCUUCCGUGCUUCAUGAACUAAUAACUUGUUGCCUCACACUUCAAGAACUCUGACGUGCAUUGGUGCUACUGAGCUUGAGGCUUUGUCAUUCUUCGUUGGAGGCUUCGUCGAAUUGGACGCCUGCAUCGACUGGCUCAUUCAAGGCUUGAACUCGCGACCUUCAAUGGAACCAGUUAUGGAUGUGGUUUUCUGCUGUCUGUGAUAACAAGAGCCAAACCCAGGACCAGAGCAGUCUGGUUUUGGCUGUGAUUAGGUUGUCGACCUCCUCCUGGCCACCGCCGACUGCUGGCUGCUGGCUGUUGCUGCUGUCCCGCGAAAGAAAUAAAUCAGCUGUCCAUUCCUAAGUCGCUAAAGAGGUUUUUCCUGUGCAAAGAGUGAAGCGUGUAGAACGUGAAAUCGGUUGCCGGUGAUCCACGAUGGAGAUUGAUCAGUCGAUUGCGAGGGCGAAAAAGAGACCGAAACUGAAAUCUGCAAACGAGGAUGGCGGGCUGGCUAAUAAGACCCCAGUGCAGGAGGGAUCCUCGUUUGCGAAGUCGGUGCGCAGAGAAUUAAUGCCUGCGAAGGUCAGUAAUCCGCCGCCGGGGGGAAGUGACGGGGAAGAGGAUGAAGGCGACAACAAUCAUGGCGGAGGAGAGGGCAGAGGGGACCGAGGGCAGGACGAUGGCGCGGUAGCGCAGGGAAUGGAUGGGCACAUGGGAGAUGGGACAGGUGGUAGGGGGGGGGAUGACGACGAUGACGACGAGGAUAACCUGGACUUGGAGAUUGGUGCAACAUUUCACAUGGUGGAACCGGAAAAGAUGCGCGCGGUGUUGGCAAAGUUCACCCCCGAUCAGAUGAGUCGUUACGAGUGUUAUCGACGGUCGGGAUUCCAUCGUGCGAACAUGAAGCGGCUGAUUCAGAAUGUGGCCGGCUGUGCAGUCUCUGUCCCUAUGACGAUUGUCAUGUCGGGAAUCGCCAAGCUGUUCGUGGGGGACCUGGUCGAAACAGCGCGGAUCGUCAUGAAUGAACGCCGGGAGACGGGGCCGAUCAGGCCGUGUCAUAUGCGAGAAGCGUACCGGCGCCUGAAGAAUGAAGGCAAAGUGCCUGUUCGAUCAAAGCCGUCUCUUUUCAGAGGACAUCUGUGAGGAUUCCGUCCCCAUCCAUCCAUCCCAUCGAAUGGAGAGCUGUAGGGCCUUGCUCCACUGCACAACAGUCUCAAUGUGUCUGGAGAUGGAAUCUGUGCCAGUACAUUCAAAAUGUUUGGUCAGUCAGAAUAUAUUGGUAUCGGUGCACAAAACAGUCCAGAUACAUGUCGAAUGUUGAGUAGUGGAGCGAGGCCAGUAGCGUUCGUGUUCUCACCGCCUGUCAGGCCUUGUCGUAUGCGAGAAGUGUGGAGUGAAGGCAAAGUCCACCUUCAAUCAAAGUGGGCCCAGCCUCUUCAGAGGGACAUCUCUCAUCCAUCUGUCCAUCUCAUCCGAUGGCAAGUUGUAUGAGUACAUGUUAUCAGAGUAGAAGAUUAGAACCUCGGCACCUGAAUGUAGCUAAAGAGGUGGUCAGGUACAUCGAAGGAAGUUCGAGUGUACGAGUAUGCCACUCAGUAGCCCCACAUCUCAUUGCCCUGCACGGUAUGCAUAUCUCUUCAGCCAAACUCUCCAAGUGUGUUUGUGUGUGUGUGUGUGUGUGUGUGUGUGUGUGUGUGUGUGUGUGUGUGUGAGAGAGAGAGAGAGAGAGAGAGAGAGAGAGAGAGAGAGAGAGAGAGAGAGAGAGAGAGGGAGAGAGAGAGAUAGGUAUUGCCACGUCAGUUCUUUUUUUUCAUCCUCUUUUGGGUUGCCACCACAAAAUUGUGAAGGUUUCUUGCUCUGAAACUCUUCAAGAGAGAGGGAGAGGGAGAGUGCGAUGAAUUUUCUCCCUCGCUCCCUCCCUCAGAAACUUUCCUGCAAGUGGAAUUUGAGUGUAUAUAUGGAAGUACCCGAGGGCAUAUGCAGACUAGGGACAUUCGUGAAUGUAUCUGCUUGCAGUUUCAGCUCG